CUUUUGCUUCUACACAAUAUAUAAACGUCUGAUAUGGGCCCUUGAGUGUUCAGUGGAACAUCUGGAUAUGACAUGGGAGAACAAAAUCAAAUACCAUCAAGUACAAAGCAAAUCGACUCUGUCGACAACAAGACACGCCACUCGUCCGACACAAGCAGCGAAGAUGAGACCUUGCAGGACGAGCUACACAGCAAGGUAAAGCAUGGCGAGAAGGUGGCUGAAGAAGAGAGAGACGGUCACAAUGAAGGUACCCUUGCCCAUCCAGAUCCCAUGACCGAUAACAUGGAAUCAGCACCUUCAUCAGGCCCCGAACGUCAAAUACAAAACUCGCAAGAUGCUCUCAGUCCCCAAUCGAGCAGAGUCCACAAUCCCCCAUCAACACCAUUUGCGUCUCUUCAACCCACACGUUCCCAACGCCCUUACUCUGCCUUCUCCAAAUCCACAAAGCUUCUUCUAGUCGUUUUAGGCGGCAUCGCUGCCAUCUUUUCUCCCAUCUCUUCUAACAUCUUUGUUCCGGCUAUCCCCACUCUGGCAGAUGCUUUCAACCGUUCAGAGUCUGACAUAUCCCAAGCAGUCACUGUCUAUCUGGUAUUCCAGGCUAUUACACCUUCAUUCUUCGGGUCUAUGUCUGAUUCCUUUGGCAGACGACCUUUAUAUAUCGCCACACUCAUUGUUUACCUCGGCGCCAAUAUCGGUCUGGCACUAAUGCCUACUACCAAAUACUGGCUUCUGCUCUUCUUACGAGCACUACAAUCAACGGGUGGGAGUGCGGUUAUUAGCAUUGGAUAUGGUUGCAUUUCGGAUGUAGCGGAGCCAAGAGAGAGGGGCAAAUAUGCCGCUGCAUUCCAAAUGGGUGCAAUGGCAGGCCCUGCGUUUGGCCCAUUAAUCGGAGGUAUUCUGACCCAAGGUCUAGGGUGGAGAAGUAUUUUCUGGUUUUUGGCCAUUGCGGACGGUGUCGUCCUGAUACCUUUAAUCUUCUUCUUGCCCGAAACCUUGCGAUCCCUCGUAGGAGAUGGCUCCAUUCCACCUCCUUCCCUCAGCGCUUCUCCCGUCGAGCUCUACCAACGCCGAAAGUUGGCCAAAAAGAUGGCGGAGACGGGCGAAGAGCUGGAACCUGUCCAUCGUCCUCCGCCCAAACCCUAUCGACCAUUCUCGACCUUUGCUAUUCUCCUUGUACCAGAAAUCUUCUUGGCGUUCUUCUUUGCCUCAUUACUUUACCUCCAGUUCUACGCUAGCUUGACGCUCUUCUCGACCGCUUUGAAAAAUUCUUACGGUCUCUCUGAACUCAAGAUCGGUCUUUGCUACCUCCCAUCGGGUAUAGGCAGUAUCAUCUCUUCGCAGCUGAACGGCCGUCAACUCGACUAUUACUUCCAUCGGGAAGAACGUCGUGUCGGGGGCGAUUACCGAGCCAAACCAGAAGAGUUUGAUAUAGAGAAAACACGAAUCAGGUGUUUGUUUCCUUUUGCAGUCUGUUCUUGUUUAGCCACCGUGGCACAAGGCUGGUGUCUUCAGGCAAAGGCCAAUCUUGGAGCUACACUGGUGAUGAAUUUUCUGGUGGGCUUGGGAUCAGGAACGAUUGGGAGCGUCACUGUAUAUGGACAAGAUAUCAAGAGCAACAAAGGCGGAGCAGUAUCUGCUGCUCUCAACCUUGUAAGAUGUAUUUUUGGAGCCAUUGGUGUCGCGUCCAUUCAAUCAAUGUACAACACAUUGGGUGCAGGGUGGACUUUUGUCCUUCUUACAGGCUUGGUUGUGAUUGCCUCUCCUCUUCCUAUCAUCGUUAUCAAGAAAGGACGAGGCUGGCGGGAUAAGAGGAAAGAGAAGAAAGAAGCGAAGAAUGAAGAAAAGAAAGCGAAGAAAGAGGCCAAAGCGGAAAUGACGGAGAAGCAAGUAAACACUUCGGAUGCAGAAACAGGGGUAAAAGGUCAAAUCGUCAACAAGACAGAUGUAGAAGCAGGAGUCGGGACAAAGAUAUGACGAAUUAGAUUAUUACUAGAGCAUAUUUCUUGGGACUCGACGAUAUAAACACUUAGCCUCUUGCACAUAUGGGUCUGCAGGUUUAUAUUUUUAAUAUAAUGCAU